AUGAGCCACUGCCCCAGAGCCACAGCCCCAGAGCCACUGCCCCAGAGCCACUGCCCCAGAGCCACUGCCCCAGAGCCACUGCCCCAGAGCCACUGCCCCAGAGCCACUGCCCCAGAGCCACUGCCCCAGAGCCACUGCCCCAGAGCCACCGUCCCAGAGCCACACAGCCACUGCCCCAGAGCCACUGCCCCAGAGCCACUGCCCCAGAGCCACUGUCCCAGAGCCACUGCCCCAGAGCCACUGCCCCAGAGCCACUGCCCCAGAGCCACCGUCCCAGAGCCACACAGCCACUGCCCCAGAGCCACUGCCCCAGAGUCACUGCCCAGAGCCACCGCCCCAGAGCCACUGCCCCAGAGCCACUGCCCCAGAGCCACUGCCCCAGAGCCACCGCCCCAGAGCCACUGCCCCACCGCCCCAGAGCCACUGCCCCAGAGUCACUGCCCAGAGCCACUGUCCCAGAGCCACCGUCCCAGAGCCACUACCCCAGAGCCACUGCCCCAGAGCCACCGUCCCAGAGCCACACAGCCACUGCCCCAGAGCCACUGCCCCAGAGUCACUGCCCAGAGCCACCGCCCCAGAGCCACAGAGCCACUGCCCCAGAGCCACUGCCCCAGAGUCACUGCCCAGAGCCACCGCCCCAGAGCCACAGAGCCACUGCCCCACCACCCCAGAGCCACCGCCCCAGAGCCACUGUCCCAGAGCCACUGUCCCAGAGCCACUGUCCCAGAGCCACUGCCCCAGAGCCACUGUCCCAGAGCCACUGUCCCAGAGCCACCGCCCCAGAGCCACUGUCCCAGAGCCACUGUCCCAGAGCCACUGUCCCAGAGCCACCGCCCCAGAGCCACUGUCCCAGAGCCACUGUCCCAGAGCCACUGUCCCAGAGCCACCGCCCCAGAGCCACUGUCCCAGAGCCACCGCCCCAGAGCCACUGCCCCAGAGCCACUGUCCCAGAGCCACUGUCCCAGAGCCACCGCCCCAGAGCCACUGUCCCAGAGCCACUGUCCCAGAGCCACUGCCCCAGAGCCACUGUCCCAGAGCCACUGCCCCAGAGCCACUGUCCCAGAGCCACUGUCCCAGAGCCACCGCCCCAGAGCCACUGUCCCAAAGCCACUGUCCCAGAGCCACUGUCCCAGAGCCACUGUCCCAGAGCCACCGCCCCAGAGCCACUGUCCCAGAGCCACCGCCCCAGAGCCACUGCCCCAGAGCCACUGUCCCAGAGCCACUGUCCCAGAGCCACCGCCCCAGAGCCACUGUCCCAGAGCCACUGUCCCAGAGCCACUGUCCCAGAGCCACUGCCCCAGAGCCACUGUCCCAGAGCCACUGUCCCAGAGCCACCGCCCCAGAGCCACUGUCCCAGAGCCACUGUCCCAGAGCCACUGUCCCAGAGCCACUGUCCCAGAGCCACUGCCCCAGAGCCACUGUCCCAGAGCCACUGCCCCAGAGCCACUGUCCCAGAGCCACUGUCCCAGAGCCACCGCCCCAGAGCCACUGUCCCAGAGCCACUGUCCCAGAGCCACUGCCCCAGAGCCCGUUCCUACAGAUUACAGAUAA